AUGAGAACCCUGCAAGGUCUUUGGGCUCAGUUGACCUCCGUUCCGGAAUAUGCGGCGUUGACGAUCAUAUUCGAGCAAGCGUCAAGCCCGCAUCAUCCUCCUCCUGAGUCAUACUUGUCGGUGUCCUUGAUCUUCCUGAAACAAGGACCUGUGCUGAGGUUGAGAUGCCCGCGAUGGGAUGAUGUCAAAAAUGGUCAUGUCCGAAGACUCUGCAUCGGCUACACUCAGAUAGCUUGUUGGGGCGUUGCCGUUUGGGAAGGAAAGUCCAUUAUAGAAAAUGUCAAGGGAAAAAUGGCAGAUGUGGUGACAUUGCAUAGCAUGCAAUGCACUCAUCACAGCCUGCGAUACAUAGACGAUCUUUUUAUGCUGGUUAUAGAACGACACAUUCCCGUUGUACCCAAAUUCACGGAGGCCAUGGAUGAGAGGAAAUUGUAUGAUAUUGAGAGAAGAAGAGGCAAUGAGAAUGGACACACCACGAGCAUUGAUAAUAAGCUUCUCGAGUUGUUCCAUACCACUCAGGAUAAGUGCAACGUCGCGGUCUCCCCACCAUUCGUUGAUUUCAACAAUGAAGGUACUCAAUUUCCGAAGAUUGAGUCUACUAGAAACGACAGCCCGGGAUCCAUGGACAGCAACACUCUCAAUACAUUGGCCAGGCACGAGAGAAGCAAGGCCAACUACCGAGUGAGCAAACAGGUACCAGGGAAUAUGGGCCUGAACAAUACUGAGCGCCGGAAACAAAAACUCGGGGCAAAGGAACAGAGCGAGUGUGGUGGGAUGCGAAAAUUCUAG